UAAUAUCUGGCAGCCCUUUACAUGAAUUGCAUAUGUCAAAAUCAAAAGCCGUCAAAUCAUCGUCCGUAGUUUAGCAAAGUUUGCUUAAUAUUUUCAGGUUUUUGUUAAAAACAAAUCAAAUAAAACAAUGAGUACAAUUGGCACUGGUUACGAUUUGUCCGCUUCGCAAUUCUCGCCGGACGGUCGCGUCUUUCAGAUUGACUACGCUUCCAAGGCAGUUGAGAAGAGCGGAACAGUAAUUGGAAUCAGAGGCAAGGAUUGCGUUGUUCUCGCUGUAGAGAAAAUUAUAACGGACCAACUUUAUGAGCCGGAUGCAGCCAGUCGCAUUUUUACAAUUGAGAAAAAUAUUGGCAUGGCCAUAGCUGGACUCAUGGCCGAUGGCAACUUUGUUGCCGAUAUUGCCCGUCAGGAAGCAGCCAAUUUCCGUCAACAGUUCGAGCGCACCAUUCCCUUAAAGCAUUUGUGCGAUCGCGUUGCCGGCUAUAUCCAUGCCUACACACUGUACAGCGCUGUGCGUCCAUUUGGACUUUCGGUUAUAUUUGCCUCGUGGGAUGAGGCCGAUGGUCCACAGCUGUACAAGAUUGAGCCUUCCGGUACGUCCUUUGGCUAUUAUGCUUGUGCAAGUGGAAAAGCCAAGCAGCAGGCUAAGACAGAGAUGGAGAAGUUCAAGUUUGCCGACAUGAGCACUGAUGAGUUGGUCCGCAGUGGAGGAAAAAUCGUUUAUCAAGUGCAUGAUGAACUGAAGGACAAAGAUUUCCGCUACGAAAUGGGUAUAGUUGGCAAGGAAACGAACGGUAUUCAUCUCAUUAACCCCGAAUCUUGGACUCAAUUGGCCGUAGAGGCUGGAGAAGCCGCUAAGAACGCAGAUGACAGCGAAAACGAGAUAUAAGCCUACAAUUCAAAAUAUGUACUCCUGAUUCUAAAUCGGCUAAACAUAACAUUUUGUAUUUCGCUAAAUUAGAAAUAAUACACAUAAAAAGGGUCUGUCGAA